AUGAUCUAUGGACGCAGUUUGUUUCACAUUGUAGCAAGUCUAAUCAUCCUACAUUCCUCUGGGGCUACCAAAAAAGGAAUAGAAAAGCAAAUCACUUCAGAAGCUCAGAAAUCAGUACAGUGUGGAAACUGGACAAAGCAUGCCAAUGGAGGUAUCUUCACUUCUCCCAAUUACCCCAGCAAGUACCCUCCGGACAGAGAGUGCAUCUACAUCAUAGAAGCUGCCCCCAGGCAAUGUAUUGAACUUUACUUUGAUGAAAAGUACUCUAUUGAACCCUCUUGGGAGUGUAAAUUUGAUCAUAUUGAAGUGCGAGAUGGACCUUUUGGCUUUUCUCCAAUCAUUGGACGGUUCUGUGGACAGCAAAAUCCACCUGUAAUAAAAUCCAGUGGCAGGUUUUUGUGGAUUAAAUUUUUUGCUGAUGGAGAGCUGGAAUCUAUGGGAUUUUCAGCUAGAUAUAAUUUCACAACUGAUCCUGACUUUAAGGACCUUGGAGUUUUGAAACCAUUACCAGUGUGUGAGUUUGAAAUGGGCGGACCUGAAGGAAUUGUGGAAUCUAUACAAAUUAUGAAGGAAGGAAAAGCUUCUGCCACUGAGGCAGUUGACUGUAAAUGGUACAUCCGAGCCCCACCACGAUCCAAGAUUUAUUUGAGAUUCUUGGACUAUGAGAUGCAAAAUUCAAAUGAAUGCAAAAGGAAUUUUGUGGCUGUCUAUGAUGGGAGCAGCUCGGUAGAGGAUUUGAAAGCUAAAUUUUGUAGUACCGUGGCCAAUGAUGUGAUGCUUCGCACCGGUCUUGGGGUAAUCCGCAUGUGGGCAGAUGAGGGAAGUCGAAGCAGCCGAUUCCAGAUGCUCUUCACAUCUUUUCAAGAACCUCCAUGUGAAGGCAAUACAUUUUUCUGUCAUAGUAAUAUGUGUAUAAAUAACACAUUGGUCUGCAAUGGACUCCAGAACUGUGUGUAUCCUUGGGAUGAAAAUCACUGUAAAGAAAAAAGAAAGACUAACCUACUGGACCAGCUUACCAAUACCAGUGGGACUGUCAUUGGGGUGACUUCCUGUAUUGUGAUCAUCCUCAUUAUUAUUUCUGUCAUCGUACAGAUCAAACAGCCUCGUAAAAAAUUUGUCCAAAGGAAAGCAGACUUUGACCAGACAGUAUUCCAGGAGGUAUUUGAGCCUCCUCAUUAUGAGUUAUGCACUCUUAGAGGGACAGGGGCUACAGCUGACUUUGCAGAUGUGGCUGAUGACUUUGAAAAUUAUCAUAAACUGAGGAGGUCAUCUUCCAAAUGUAUUCAUGACCAUCACUGUGGAUCACAACUGUCUAGCACUAAAGGCAGCCGUAGUAACCUCAGCACAAGAGAUGCUCCUCUCUUGGCAGAAAUGCCACCCCAACCUGUCAAGCCCCUCAUCCCACCCAUGAACAGAAGAAAUAUUCUUGUCAUGAAGCAUAACUACUCACAAGAUGCUGCAGAGGCGUGUGACAUAGAUGAAAUUGAAGAGGUGCCCACUACGAGUCACAGGCUGUCCAGACAUGAUAAAUCUGUCCAGCGGUUCUGCCUCAUUGGGUCUCUAAGCAAACAUGAAUCUGAAUACAACACAACUAGGGUCUAA